AUGGCUGAAUGCAGGGACUGUAACAUACCCCACUGUACCGUGGCCUCUUACUCUCUAUUUCUAGGGUUUGGGAUUUGUGAGGGGAUGGGGACGGAUCGUCUGCUAUUAGCGGCGGUAGGACCGCCAAUAAAGCGGCGAGCAGGGUUACGGAGGAAGCAGGCGGGUAGAGGCUCCUACAGGGGAAGUUAG